UUUUUUUUUUUUUUUUUUUUUUUUUCCUUCUUUCUCUUCUCUCAUUCCGUCAUCUGCUCCGUCUUCUUUUCACGACUCUCCCCACUCUCCUUUUUCCGCUUCCGUUCCCUCUCUGCUUCUAAAUGGAUAUCAAUGACCGUCCCUCGGAAGCGUCCUCUCCAGAAACUCUCCGUCAAGGUCAAGGCGAUAACACGGCCCACCCCUCGGAUUCGGUGCAACUCAGGAGAGGAGAUACGCACCAUAUGACGAAGGAAGCCUUAUCCAAUGGCGCCCAGCACGACGUCUCCUCAAAGAAUGCACACGGAACCUUAAACACCAACAAACAGCGAAGAAGAAAGGCCCAGUUCGAGGUCGGGGAUGGUCGUCGCGAGGAGGAGCAGGAGGUCCAGGUACAGGGCGAACGACAGCGUCAGGGACAAGAUCAUGAUCAGGAGACGAUUGCAGGGGUGGAUACUAAGGACGACGACGCUCAAUUGCACCGAAACCAUUCUGUUUCACAUAACCGACACACCAGCCGUCGACAAUCCUCAUCCUCCGCCGCUGUUGCUGCAGCUGCAGCUGCCACGACUACCCCUGAGGUUGCGAACGGGUCACAGGCCGAAGGACUGAGCCGAGUGCAAGACGCACAGCAUGACCGGGAGGAAGAUUCGUUAGCAAAGACGCUUAUUGACUCGACAUUGACGCUUUCGAUGCAGGACCUUGGGUUGCAACACAACCAGGACUUGGGGUAUCAUGCGACAGCGACAGCAGAAUCCGAGCCUGAGCCCUCUUCACAUGAGCAUAUUCAACAGCACGAGUCAGCAGAGAUCCGGACACAAUCCUCGAACCCGACCACUGCAGACCAGCAGAAGGGCGAUCAGAAAGGCCAGUCCACCAAGACUGCCGCCACCAAUCCUUCCCACAACAACCAACAACACGAAAGCAGCAAGGGGAAUCAAAGCCAAAGUGGAUCAAAGCAGCCGCCGCUUAAGGAUCAGCAUCCAAUACACCCAUCCGGCGAACGUGCAGGUCAUGCCCUCGAGAAGAGCAGAAGCAACCCCCCUGAAGUGGUCUCGAAUGGCGAGGGACCUUCGCGAGUAACCCAUAAGAGCUCCGCUAGCAUCCACGAGUCCCAAAACCUGUCUGGAUCCUCUACUAAGCCCAAGAGCCGUGCUCCAACCAGGCCGUCCCCGGCAUCCAAGCGCUUGUCCAUGUUGCUCGAUCCCAGGACUUCGGUCACUCCACAGCCCUCGCUCACCAAGGUUACGACCCACACUGUCAUGGCAAUCAACCCAAAGCAUACCGCCGUUGUUGGUACGGACGCCUCGCCCUCGGUCACUACCUCGGACAGCUCACGCCACCAGGGAUUCAAAGUAUCGUCUCCUACAAUGCAACCUUCGCCUGCGGUUGAGAUGGUUUCUAAAUUCCUUACGGGCGCUACCGCAUCUGCAGCGCAUUCAGCCGAGGACGACGAUCACCACCAUCCACAUCACGCCGCCAAUGGAUCGCCGAACAGUAAUCGGAGGAGUCCCAAGGGCGGACAUGACAAAUCGAAUGCGACCUCACCACAGCAGCGUGCAGGCUUUACAUCGAAAUUCUACCCGGCCUCGCCGUCACAACCUCAGUUGAGCUCGUCUGCACCAAAGUCGACCACAACAUCGAAUCAGUUGAUACCCCCGACGAUUGUGACGACCUCGAGCUCGGACGAGAACCUGCACGAGACAGGUGGAGUAUCCCCCUUCUCGGCCUCAGCUUUGAGCUCGGCCUCGGCAGCCUCGGCGAUUGCAGCGGCGGCAGUGGCACAGUCGAACCUGACGAACAAUGGGUCAAAGACCGGGACGUUGUCGAGAACACAGCAGAAGCUGUGGUUGCAGCGCGAGAAUGUGCAAGAUGUGGAUGAGGAUGAGAUGGCGCGACGUGGCAGGGUCCAGAAGGAGAUGGAUCGGAUUAAUCGAGAGUACAAGUGUGUGCGGAUGACGCUGGAUCCUUCGAUGGAUAGUAUGCUGAGAUGUUUGGCGCGGUGUGGAAAGUCACCUCUGGAGCUUCAACAACAGCAGCAGUUACAGCAGCAACUAUUACAGCAACAGCAACAGCAACAAAGUCAAUCACAAUCGCAGCAGGGUCAUCACGGCGCUGGUCAAUACGCUGAUCAACAUCAACCUCGAGGAUUGCAACACCACCGAUCAUUGCAGCAGCUUAAUGGACAUUACCAAGCACAGCCACAGCAGCAACAACUAGGAGGUCAUCAAGGGGGAGGUGGUACGGGGACGGUUGGUCGUGACUCGGGCAAGAUGACGCUUCGUCAGAUGCAGCAGUUGCAGCAGCUGCAUUAUCAACAGCAACAACAGCAGCAACAGCAACAGCAACAGCAACAGCAAAGGCAGCAGCAGCAGUAUCGGCAAGGAUAAGAGGACACAAGGUGCUCUGGA